AUGACGACCGCACUUCCCAAACCACAGCGGAAUCCCCAUGCGCCGCCGAAUAUGGCCCUUCCGGCGCUACCUGUCGCCAAAACGCGGAAGUCAUCAGGUCUCCAGCAACCGUCCACCCCAGCCAGAUCAUUAAUGACCACACCCAAGAGUGGGUUACGAGCUCCUUCUUCCACCCAACUCCCACCGCCAGCUACACCAGCUCCUACGACUGCGUUGCCGCAACCACGCUCAGUGUCCGCUGCCAUACAAGGGACCAAGGCCCUGCGGAAAACAGUUAGCAUCAACUCGUUUCCUCAGCCGCCUCGUGGAGACACUCGUAUGAGCAGUGUUCCACCAAGCCCCUUGUCAGGCGGCCGAAGGUCAAAAACAGUCACUGCGACAACCUCAACCUCGAAUGGAACACCGAGUCUGCUGAACGGUUCCGGCGAAGGAAAAUCUGUGACAAGGGCGAGUGCACGAUUCUCUGACGGUCUGAUAAGCGUAUCAUCGCCUCCGCAAAGCCGGAGCUCCUCGGCACAAGAUUCCUACUCGACGUCGGCAACAACCUAUGACGACCCAAUUGACGCCUCAGGAGCAAAGUCGGGCGCAGACGCUUCCAGUAAACAACAGUCGAAAGGGGACACCAAAGGCAAUGUGAUUGUCAGCGUAAGGGUGCGGCCGGACGCUGGAGGUCAAGACCAUAGACCUGAUGGAGAGUGGAUGGUCGAUGGACGGAAGUCUCUGAUCGGAUAUCAGGGCAAGGAAGGGGGUGACUAUUACUAUGACAACGUUUUCACGACGCAUGAUGACAACUACCGAGUCUACGAUCACCUCGCGAAACGGCUCGUCCGACGAGUCAUGGAAGGCUACCACGGGACAGUCUUCGCUUAUGGAAUGACAGGAACGGGAAAAACAUUCUCAAUGCAAGGAACUGCUUCGUCGCCUGGUGUGAUCCCUCUGGCAAUCACCGAUAUCUUCUCGUACAUCCGCGAAACGCCUUCCCGGGAAUUCUUGCUUCGAGUCAGCUAUCUAGAGAUCUACAACGAGAGGAUCCAUGAUCUUCUUGGCAUGCCGACCGGUGCGACUGUCGGUGGUCCGGUGGCCCAGGAGGAAAUCAAGUUGCGGGAGGACAGUAAGCGAGGUGUCUAUGCGACUCCGCUGAAGGAGGAAAUCGUGCAAAGUCCGACACAACUUCUGAGAGUAAUCGCCCGGGGCGAUCAAGCGCGACGAACAGCAAGCACGCAGUUCAAUUCCCGGAGUUCUCGAAGUCACGCGGUAGUGCAAAUCGUCGUUGAGAGCAGAGAGCGCGUACCUGGAGGGCCUGCAGCAACGGCCGAGAACAAACGAUCUGGUCUUUUGCCCGGCGGUGUGCGGGUCUCGACUUUGAGCUUGAUUGAUCUUGCAGGAUCAGAAAAGGCUGCCGAGAGCAAGGAGCGGCGGCAGGAAGGUUCACACAUCAACAAGAGCUUGUUGACUCUGGGAACUGUUGUGUCCAAGCUCUCGGAACACAAGGACGGCAAAUCGGACAAGGACGGCAAGCACUUGCCCUACCGAGACAGCAAGUUGACCAGGCUGCUCCAAGGUGCGCUGUCAGGCAACUCGCUUGUUAGUAUCCUCUGCACAAUCCAAAUAGGGUCGACAGGAAGUGCCGCAUCCGCCAACAGCCACACAACCGAGACACUCAACACGCUGAAGUUUGCGUCGCGGGCGAAGAACAACCUAGUCAGUCAUGCGAAGCGUGCUGAGGAGGCAUUGGGUGCUGGCGGUGAGGGUGGCGCGAGAGUGCUGCUCGAACGAUACCGAAUGGAAAUCACGGAGCUAAGGGCGCAGCUGGAAUCACAGGCCAAGAAAGACAAGAACGAGGACAGCGCGGAGAAGGUCAAGGACGCCAAGGAGGAGCUGGCGCGAGAGAAGGAGGCAGAAGCACGGCACGAGGAGCAGAUGCUGGAGAUGCAGCUUGCUCGAACGGCGCUCAAAGAGCGCAUAGAUCACCUCAACCGAUUGAUCCUGAGCUCCAAAUCGAUAGGUGUCAACGCCAGCGGAACUUGGAGCUCUCUUGGUUCACAUCCACGGUUUUCGCAGGCGUCCAUGAGGUCCUCGCGGUCGUCCAUGACACCAUCCCAAGUAGGUAGGCCCAUGCUUGAGCGUUCGGCGUCUUUGACUUCGUCUUCGUCCACGAUCGGGCGGAGACCCAGCAUGGACCACCGAACAUCAAACAGCGGCAGAUCUGCAGGGGAUGAGGACGAUAGUGUCGGCGAGUUCGGCGACGGCAUCGCAUCCUUGUCGGCCCAGAACCGGGCAUUGCAGGCCGACCUUAUGGACAAAAACCGAUACAUCGCGACUCUGGAGAAGCGCCUGCUCCAGGCCCGGAGGGCAAGCUCAUCGCGUACGUCAGGUGGCCUAUCUUCCGGCAGCAAGGGAAUCAUGGUUGGCGAGGACCACAGCGUGUCGACAGCUCUGAAGGAGAGGGACGCUGAGAUAGCCGAACUGCGUGCUCAGCUGGAAGACAAGGACCGAAUGCUCAUUGCCCUGCGGAGUGCGGCUAGGAGAGGGGAGAUUGCUGACCGAAGCAUUGAGACCCGCGCUUCUCAACUGAUGAUGCUGGAGAACGGGCCGCGCUCCAACCCUACCUCGCCAACGAGCCCCCAACGCCCGCUGUUUCGGCACAGCAGCGUCAGAUCCUCACCCAAGGACCGGCGAAGCGUAGACGAGAUGAGUCGCAUUCUGGACGAGAUGAUACAGGACCGAGUCGAGACGGGCCACAUCGUCAAGAGCACCCGGGGUAGCGUCCGCGUCGUGGCCCCAGCAGAGAGAGAGAAGCCCCUGGUCGACCGCCUUGAGCCCCUCCGGCAGAGCAGCGAGAGCAGCCACCGGCCUUCAGUCGUGCUCGAGGUUUAG